GGGCCCCCCGGACCUGACUGUCACUCCCUCUGCAGCAAGAGCUACGGCAACGUGCUGGUGCUGGACGGUGUCAUCCAGUGCACUGAGAGAGACGAAUUCUCCUACCAGGAGAUGAUCGCCAACCUGCCCCUCUGCAGCCACCCCAACCCGCGCAAGGUGCUGAUCAUCGGGGGCGGGGACGGAGGCGUCCUGCGGGAGGUGGUGAAGCACUCCUGUGUGGAGUCCGUUGUCCAGUGUGAGAUUGAUGAGGAUGUGAUUCAGGUCUCUAAGAAGUUCCUGCCGGGAAUGGCCGUAGGCUACUCCAGCUCCAAGCUGACCUUACACGUUGGUGAUGGCUUUGAGUUCAUGAAGCAGAACCAGGACGCCUUCGAUGUCAUCAUCACCGACUCCUCAGACCCCAUGGGCCCUGCCGAGAGCCUCUUCAAGGAGUCCUACUACCAGCUCAUGAAGACUGCCCUCAAGGAGGAUGGGAUCCUCUGCUGCCAGGGCGAGUGUCAGUGGCUGCACCUGGACCUGAUCAGGGAGAUGCGGCAGUUCUGCCGCUCGCUCUUCCCCGUGGUGGGCUACGCCUACUGCACCAUCCCCACCUACCCCAGCGGCCAGAUCGGCUUCAUGCUCUGCAGCAAAAACCCGAGCACCAACUUCCAGGAGCCCGUGCAGCAGCUGACACAGAAGCAGGUGGAGCAGAUGCAGCUGAGGUACUACAACUCCGACAUCCACCGGGCGGCUUUCGUGCUGCCCGAAUUUGCCCGCAAGGCCCUGAAUGAUGUGAGCUGAGACCCAGGGGCGCUGCCGUCGCCACCCGGCACCUCAGGCCAGGGAGCCCCCAGGGCACCUGGGCCCCGCCAGCCCUGGAGAGACCCCCGCCCCGCCGGCUCCCCCACCAACCAAGAGUCACAGGCCCCAGAAUGCUGCCCAGCCUCCAGCAGGGCGGACUGUCUGUCUGUCUGUCUGUCUGUCUGUCUGUCUCUGUGGUGUUCAGCCUCCAAGCCUAUACCAGCCGCGUCUCUGCCUUCUGUUGCCCCGCGCACACCAAACACGUGUAUUUAUAACAAAAUUC